AUGGGUGAUGAUCUUCCAGAUAAGCGAAAAUGGCACCCUGCAAAUAACCCGCUCCUUGCCUGGCUGCCAGAACGUCAAUCCUUCCUUGAUGAGACAAUUUUCUUGGAGGGUCGUGCUCAGGAAGCCCAGCGAACACACUGCCGCUGCGGCAAUCAUGAUAAUGGUCCCAAGUACCGCUGUAGGGACUGCUUUGGGAUGGAGAUGGCCUGCCAUUAUUGUAUCGUCAAACACCAUCAAUGCAGCCCAUUGCAUAAUAUUGAGGAGUGGAAUGGCUCAUUUUUUCAACGCAUCAAACUCAAGACCCUUGGUUUGCGCAUUCAGCUGGGCCACACUCCCAGUGACCGCUGUUUCAAUCCGCGUCCCUCAAAGGCCGACGAUUUCGUUGUUAUCAACAUUAACAGUAUUCAUGAGGUUGCAUUGGAUUUUUCGCGAUGGUAUCCUGCAACUACGACAGAUCCACAAACAGCUGCUACAUUCAAUGUGCUUGAGCAUUUUCACCUUCUAUCAUACGAAUCUAAGAUUUCUGCCUACAAGUUUUUCCAUGGUUUAGCCAGGCGCACUGACAAUACUGGAUUGCGUGGUGGGCGAGGUCAUGACCCUGGUGGCAUUGCAGAAACGAAAGCCGGCGAGCUUGCAGUGCUGUGUCUGGCAUGCCCACAUCCAGGCAAAAAUUUGCCUAGCGGUUGGGAGCAUUCACCUCCAGGAAUGAGAUGGCUGUAUGCCCUUUUCAUCGCUAUAGAUGCGAAUUUUUGUCUCAAAUGGAAGGCUGUCUCCUCUGACCAAAUGGAUCCUGGUUUGAAUGCGGGAUGGGCCUACUUCGUGGAGGAGCGCACAUACAAGAGUUACUUAUCUGAGCGAGCUGGCGAAAGACAAGAGUGCAGUACUUGUGUCAGUCAUAAUGCUGUCAAUAUGGCCGAUACAAAAUCCUCACGAGGCCUGGCAGCAACCGGCAUAGGAACCAUCAACUGCGCUCGACAUGAAUUCAAGUUGCCAAACGGGGUAGGUGAUCUACAGAAGGGCGAAAGGUACCUCAAUAUGGAUUACCUUGUCUUCUCAGCGCUGGUCGGAUUCACAGUAACAAUGCUCAAUAUUUCGUACGAUAUCGCAUGCCAAUGGUCCAAGAAGCUGUGGAACAGAAUGGAUCACAUGCCAACUCACCUUCACAUACCACGUAAUAACAUGCUGGUUCAAUAUUUUGUGCCAAAGUUUCACAUUGCAGCCCACGUUGCAGCCUGUCAAGUCAAUUUCUCGUGGAACCUCACUAAGUGGGUGGGUAGGACAGACGGGGAGGUGCCAGAAUGGGGUUGGGCGAAUGCUAAUCGCAUUGCAUCAAGCACGAAGGAGAUGGGGCCAGGAACACGAUGUGAUACAUUGGAUGAUCACUUUGGUGAUUGGAAUUGGAAGAAGACAACAACACUUGGUCGUACAUUGAAGUGCAAGAUGGAAGAGGCCACAAAAUGGGAGCGGGAACAUUGUGCUGCGUUGUGCGACCUGGAGGCAACUGUCCAGCCUGCACUGCUGGAAGAGUGGGAGUUGGAAGUUCAGACAUGGGAGGAGGACAACACUCGUCCAAAUCCUUUCGAGAGCAAGGUCGCUCCUAUCACACAGGCUGCGGUAAGGUCGCAGCUCGCAGAAUCAGAAGCACAAGAUUCGCAGGCAGGGAUAAAUCACUCACUCAACAUCGAUGUCUCCCCCAGUGUGCUUAUUAGUGGUGGCAUUGAAUUAGAAGACAUGCAACAACGACUCAAACGCGACAUUGCGAACCUCUCGCUUCAUCCCACAGACAAACAGAGAGAGGCCAUCAUCCACAGGACUAGCGCAUUACAGAGACAUAUCAAUUCUUGGACACGCUAUCAACAACUCUACAUGCCCAUCAUCUCAACGCUACGUUCAUCGGCUGACAUGAGUGCGAGCGCUCCACAAGCAGCACUCAGGCCUCAAGAUUUCCCACUCUAUCUUCCAUCGGCUCUAAACUAUCUCAACUGCGAUCAAUGUUUGAUGGAGUACGAGUGGGAACUUCGGUGGGCACAAGCUCAUGAUGCCCUCAACGAACUCCGUUCCCAUCUUCGUCUAUGCUCACACAUGUACAAAUUUAAGGACAAGCACUUACGUGGUCAAGCAGCAUCCACCCAUGCCCAGAAUUUGAUCGCAAGUGUCGAGGCAAAGAAAGAUGCAGCAGUGGACAAAUACAAAUGUGCACACCAAGCACUGGAGUCGCUAAGCUCUUGGGUGGAUAAGAUGGGCUGGGAGGAAAGACUUCGACCUCUCAGACACGAGGAUGCUCAACCGAUGGGUGAUUUUGCAGCUGGCCGUUCUCAGGGUACUGGUACCAUAUCAUGGAUCUGGCUGGUAUCGGACGGUGACACUAGUCACUCUGAGAACGAGCGUGUUCAAGACUGUGUCCGCAUUGAGUGGUGUAAGGCACGUGCUCGCGCAGCUCAAUGGUUUGAGGAAGUGGAGUUACUAGCUGAAGAAAUGAGACGAGUACUGACCUUUCUGGAGUGGCAAGGCAACUGGUGGCAAGAGCGUGCAGUUCUGCGCCCAUUAGAGAAGAUAACCCAACAAGAGGGCUUACAUGCAUAUGCAUACUGUCAAGCUGCCCUCCGUUUUGCGAUGCAAAAUUCGUUCCAAGCUCGUUGGAACUUUGUUCCUCAACUCAAUCAUGAUGAUGGUGGUCCUUCGAUUGAUGCACCUCCUGUGGUCGUAGAGUUUGAAGAGCAGUCAGGUUACUCUAUGUACUAG